GAUAAACAUUUGAGUCUGUAUCAAGGAGACAUCAUCCUAGACCAGGAACUAAAGGAAAUUCUGCACGGUUCUAAUAUGUCGAGAAACAAGAGGAAUGCUGUCAGAGAAAAAAAACUACUUUGGAAAACAAGAAUUAUCCCUUACCUUGUGCCCUCUAAAAUGGGUAAGACACGCCCUUGAUCGAGUUGAAGAGGUAAAAGGGUUUGAUGGGAGGGGACAGAUGAGGGUUAAGUUAUAUUAUUUGUCCAAGAGAUUUGUUUCUGUUGUUUUUUAUGAGACAAUUGAACAACUUACUUAGGAAUUUAAACCACUGAAUGCAAUCAGCUUAUUUUUUCUUGGGUACCAUACUUUUCGAAGAUAUCCUUUAGCUUUGCAUGACGUUUGAAAGAUUUAUUAAAUUUUAGAAGUAGACUGGAUAUGAAUGAGAAAAGAUGGAAGCCGGCAGCGUCUGUUUUUCUCCUUUUUGUAUAACCCUCAAUCUUGGCCUUAUACAACCCGGCGAUGUAUAAUAGUUGCUGCUAAAAUGUCUUAACUUUUAAUUUUGUUUCCUUCUUUGCUAGAUAGGAACUUGUAUGCGAAGAGGUACAAAGCAUUACAAAACUAUUAAUGGGACUUUGAAAUUCUUUAAUAAGACCGAAACUUUUUUUUCCCAACAAGUAUUUACUGCUUUUGUUUACUCUUCAGGGCACAUAAAAACUAACUUAAAUCAAGCUAUUCAAAACUUUCAAGAAAACACCUGUUUAAGAUUUGUUCCAUAUGACGGCACUCAACCAAACUACAUUCUCUUCGAUGAUGACUACGGGUAGGUAAUGGUUCCCUUAGCUAAUAUAUUUUCUUACCUAGCUACUUACUUACUUACUUCCUUACUUACUUACUUAAUUACUUACUUGCUUAUUUACUCACUCAAUCAAUUACUCAGUUGCAUGCUCGGUAAUGCAAGGGCGAAAAUGACCGAAACUAGAUGACCGUUUCAGCGAACAUAACGUUAAUUAACGGUUAUCAGUGUAGCUUUGUUUCUUACCGUUGAAUGGCUCUGUUUUAUCGUAGCUGUUCUAGCCGAGUUGGGGUCAGGUAUGCCCAGUCAGCUUACCAGAAGGUCUCGUUAGCAGAUGGCUGCAAUAACGUGGGUACCAUUAUACACGAGCUCAUGCAUGCCAUUGGUAAGUCACAGACGUCAUUAACUCCAAACAAUUAAUUAUAUAAUUUAUGGACACUCUAUUAUUCGCUAGAGACAUAACAAUGGUAAUACUAGCCAUUCUAGUCUUACCGGAAAAGGACGAAGCAAUCUAUGGGUCCCCUUAACAUGACUUCUUUGACCUGACCCUUUAUGGGAUGUACUUUAAUAAACUACUCUCUGGCUGUAACCACCCCUUGGGUUUGAGGAACGGGUGGGGAGUGGUGGGGAUGGCACCUCGCACUAACACGAUGUCCAUGAUUUCCGUUUUUCCGAUCGUGCUUCUCCCCAGUGGUCAUAUUGGAUAUAAAAUAAGGGCUCUCAGUUAAAUAUGUACGUAACUAUACAUCUGUGUGAUUGGGGGUCAUCGUGCACCAAUAUCUGCAGUCAAGCUAAAUUGGAAAACGGUGAAGGUGAAUUCCUCACUUUUAAAUACAACAAAGUCUGACUGCAAUACUUGCGGUAUAAUAAAUAAGGUUUAAACGAUAACUCACAUGAAUUGUAAUUCACUUGUCCCCUUAAACUCGUUUACAUGAAUUUCGGUGGUUUGUUUUCCAAUGAUCUCUCCAUUCUUUCUUGUUGAAUUACUGUCGAUGCGUAUAUACCUCGUAUAUACAAGUGCUUACUGGCUUAUCCGUUUCCUAUGAUAUUGCCGUGAUUAUUGAUAAGUAUACUAAAUUGUAUUUUACAACAUUUUUUUCUUUCAAAAUAAGUAUCUAAUGAGUGAUUAAAGAAGUUUGUUGAUAUGUUUGUUUUUUGGGAAUGUACAGAAAUGAAGUUAGCGAGUAACUUAAUUAUUUACAUUCCUUUCCUCAAAAGGAUUUUUUCAUGAACAGUCUCGUGAAGAUAGAAACAAUUUUGUGAUGAUUAAUUGGGAAAACAUUCUUGAAGGUAAGGGAAAUUUACAUCUCGAAAGAUUUUGUAGUUUAUAUCCUUUGUUAUAUUUUAAUGUGUAUGUCAAGUGAAUGUAGGUUUUUGCAUUUUCCGUAUGUCAAUUCCGAUUUUUUUUGUUUUGUUUUAAGGUUAACGAUCGGCGAUGAUUCAUUCCCGGCUUUUCAAGGAUAGUUGUCGAUCGUAAAGAACAAUUUCAACACUAGUACUGAUUAUUUGCGAAUAAUGCAAUUUCUUUUCCAUUCUGAUUCAAUUUUGUUCAACAGGGCUCGCUGAUCAGUUCCACAAGUACAGCUGGAUAACACUUGAUGAUUUGGGAAAGCUUUAUGACUAUCAGUCAAUAAUGCACUAUGAUCGGAGAGCUUUUACCAAAAAUGGCUUGCCAACCAUUGAGAGGAUUGAUAACAAGGCGAUUGAGUUUGGUCCUUCGAACCAAAGAUUGAGUCAAAAAGACAUCAUUGAAAUAAAUGCCCUUUACGAUUGUAUUUCAAGUAAGUUAGGAAUAAACACAUGACCUUGCCGAAUUCAAGAGUUGAGAUUCUUUCACGCCGUAAUUUCUGAAAUGUUAUACUUUUUGUUACUGAAGUUCACUGUUCAGGGCAAUUUUAGCCUCUAUUGUUUAGAAUGUAUCGGAAAAAACAACAAAAUUAAAUGAAACAACCCUAACCCUUAUUAAUAUAAAGCUCCAAUGCAGGAGCGGUUGGAGCGCUGGAAGAUACUGAGUCCAAUCCCAAUUAACCUAGCCGCUAGCUAGCUGGACUUAUUUGUUCUAGGUAGUCUCGAGUUCAUCUCCUCAUUCACGGUUGUAACAAGCCAACUGGUUUGCCUCUGGCCAAUUGAGAUUUUCAACUUUCUGGGCCACAUUGCAUUGGACACUACUGUUACUGGUUUACCAGUAAAUAAAUUGUGUUAGCCUUAUAAGGUCAGGUUUUUUAAUACUGUAGUUUUCCAGUAUGGGAAUGACGACAAUGCAAAGACAUGUGCCGAACCACAAAAAAACUUGGUGUUCAGUACUAGGAUACUAUGUGUCAUGAUGGUCCAGUUAUUUCACACUAUUUACAGAGAAAAACUUAGAAGUAAAAGUAUAAUUACAAUAGAUGAUUACAAAAAUAAAAUAAUUACAUUACGGGUUAUAAAAUGAGUGUGGUUGUCAAAGUAGCGAAAGCUUUCUCUUAGUUGACCACCACCUUAGUACUUUCGAAUAAAACGAGGAAAUAACACUAAGCUUUAGUAGAGAAUGUUUAUAGAGCGUAGGACUAGCAUACAAGGACUUUUAUAUUCAAGCCGUUACUUAUAAUUCCUAGUUUAAAAUCUUUAUGAACGAAAUCAUGAUGGAUACUCCACGUUAUCAAAGGCACUCCAAAAAUCCCGCAGUCCUUAGAUAAAGUGAAAAAUCUCCGGUGAUGUCAAUGUGAAUAUUUUAACGACCCUACAGUCGAGCCAAGUAAUUUAAUAUGAUUCUAAACAGUAUGGGGCUUAUUAUUAGAGGUCAAGGGCAAUAUCAUCAACUAUAAUAAGUUCGAAUUCUGUUAAUUUAGCAACUCAGUUUGGCUGGUCCUCCUGGACAGAUUACACACCAUGCGACACAAACUGCAAAAAGACCAGGGAGCGAUACUGUUACCACGGCGGCAAUCAACUGUCUUGUGGAGGAAAUACUAAUGGCUAUGGAAUAGAAAAACAAAGCCUUGAAUGCACACAACAAGAAUGUUAUGGUAUGCUGCCAUUUUCUCUUAAAGAAUAAGUUGACUAUUAAGGAGCUCAUUUUAAUUCCCCGCCUUCCCAUCGGAUCCGAUGCCGGUCAGGGCACUGACCACUAAUAAAAAUGGUAUGGCGUACGGCUUUUUGGACAUGGCAUAUUUCCUCACCUUCAUGAGGUAUUUCCGUGGUAUAUUUCACUAUAUCCAAUGAAUUUAACUAACAAUGAAAUAUCGGAAUAAAAGAGCAAAAAUACUAAUUUGCCAACAUCUAGCCUUCUUACCGAAAAAGCUUGGUGUUCACAGUUGUACAAUGUUUUUACGUUGAAUAGAGUACCUGUGAUAAUGAGAUAGAUAGAGUAGUAGAUGCAAUGCAAUUUAACGCCACAGAAAGGACUUAUAGUUGCAUUUACAAAUGCAGGCUGUGAAUUCUUCAUUUUUUAACCAAUAGCAACUAGACAUAAAACAUGGUAAAUUCACUAAUAAUCAAUAUUAAUCUCUGAUGAUUUUAAAUGCAAAGAGGAUCAUCGCAGUUAAAAGUGCAACUUUUGCAGCUGCAAAAAAGCCUUGCAAGCUAAGAAUGUAGGCUUGUGCAGGGUUCGAACUGAACUUACCCAAUUGACCACUCCAGAAAAUACCAUAACACAUCAUAAUGUUCUUUGUUUAUAACCUCAAAAUUUGGAAUAAGCAUGCAACGUUUUCAGUUUCUCUUGGGGCCAUUUUAACUCCCAAGAGAAACUAAAGUUAAUGCUUAUGCAAAAUUUUGGGAUGACAAACAAAGAGCAUUAUGGUAUAUAAUGGUAGUUUCUAGAGUGGUCAAUUGGUAGCACGCUGCACAAGUACCACAAAGGUCAAGGGUUCAGUUGACCACUACAGAAAAUACCAUAACAUACCAUAAUGCUCUUUUUUUUGUCACCCCAAAAUUUUGCAUAAGCAUUGUCCUCAGUUGUCCAUUCCCGUACUUGCCUGAAAAAAAAAAAAAAACAACAACAACAACAACAACUUGGCUUCAUAUUUUUGCUGUUGUUAAGUUGCUUCCAAAAAGUACCUGCGAUGAUCUUCUCAAUUCUCCUCGAAGUCUUCAUAGCUCAUUUCUAAUUGCGGGCAACUGAAAAUCCUUAUCUCCAGGUUGCUGUUACGCAUGCAUGCUUGACACGUAUUGGAUAGCCAGCAUUCACUUGGACUUCUACUAAGAAAGAAUAGAAUGUAUAGAGCGCAAUCUAAUGGCAUGUGCGUUUUGACCUUCUAUCCGGUGAACUUACGCAACGCACCAGCGUCUAAUAUAAGCAACCGCUUUUUGACCUUCGAUUAGAAGCCUGUAAUUCCCUCACACUCCCUAACCGUUAUUUCAACUAAAUGUUUAUUGGAAUUCAGCUGUGGACGGGAACUGGGGUCAUUGGUCGUACUGGUCGGGCUGUAGUGUCACGUGCUUUCAGGGACAAAGAACAAGAUCUAGACAGUGUGACAAUCCAGCACCUUUGCAUGGCGGGAAGACUUGUGAAGGAGCCUCAACCGAGACAGGAGUCUGUGUUAUGAAGAGAUGUUUCCUUGGUAAGUGUAAUGUGGACAGACUAGUCAAGACUGUAGCCUGCGUCGCACACAGUCGAAAUCCCUAUGGGUGUUAAGUGACAAGUCCCGCUGCCGUAACUCAGGCUAUCAAAACUGCUGCGGUUGUAAAAUUUAGUUCCCUAAAAGAGAAAUACUAUCACUUUGUCCAAAACAUUUUCUUGGGUUCUGGAUGAAUUGUUUUUUACUUAGCUGGUUAAACUGAGUAAUAAAUGCCGUUUCACAUAAUGGUUUUUCCUUAGCUUAACCAGCUCCUAGCCUUAGAAUCUCGUAGCCGGAUAUCACAAUUCUACAAGCAGCAACCAUAACUAGCAGUAACCCGGGCCAGGAAAUGCGGGCGAAGAUGUGAUUUAUGAAAACCACUUUCAUAAUUGUGUGAGCAACCAAAGGAUUUCACUGCCGAUCAUGAAAACUGGAUUGAACAACACAAUAAAGAAGACUCAUAUUUAAUUGAACGAUUUUAUUCGAAGUUGCUUAGAUAUACAUUCAAACAGUAAUGGAUGACACAAGUACAGUCAUGCACAAAGUCUUUAUAUUAUUCAAUCGAAUAUUCAACACGCUUUUAAUAACCAAAGGCCGUUGAUAUGAAAUAGAAAAAUUACCAAUGGAACUUAAAGCUUCUUAAAGCUUUCGGAUGACAUGCGACGUGUCAUGCUUAGAAACGUAUAAAAAUAUAAAAACUAUACACUCUAGUAAAACCUGAAUAAACUUAAUUUACAUCGAUUUCUAGACUUUGCUAGCACUUGUGUCUUACCGAAAACUUGUCCAGCACUAAGCUGAGAUCAGGACCUACUUUCAUUUCCCUGGGUAAAUAGAUUCCAGGCCGAAAAGGCGAAUCGAAAAGUCUCCCAUUUAGUACAGUUCUUGGGUACCUGAAUUACGUGUGCUUGCGUAUCGAAUGUAAUGAUUGUUGCGUCACUUGCACAGGGUGCAUUCACGUAAUAACUGAAUUUAAAAGGACCUUAAACUAAACACCACGGCCUUCGCGGCCUCAUACCCUGCAUAUUAGUGGGUACAACACGGGCAUUCCAAGAAUGUGAACAGGCUCGGGAAAAAUCUCGCGAUACAGUGAAUAGAGUGCCGCUGACCAAUAAUAGGCUGCGGGCUCCUUUUAUCGCCCGCCAAAAACAAAAUGCUAUCACCUUGUGAUAAUUUGUGAUAACCUUAGGAGAAUAAUAGAGAGACGUCUGUCACUCUUAAGACUUAAAAAUGGUUAAAUCUUAAAACAACACCUAGAAUUGAUCAUCACCUUAAUUUCUACAGUUCAUUUUUUAAAGUUGUCCGUCUCGGAGACAAUUUUCUGUGAGUAAGUUUCUUUUACAGUCAACUCUCCCUUAAAGGACUCCUCCAAGGGCCUGUUUACAUGCAGGUGGGGUACCCCAGGUAGGUGAGGUAACCCACUUAGGUGGGGUAACCCGCCUGUCCAUAUAAUCUCUCAUUUUAAUUUGAUCACGUUUACAUCACCUACCUAGGGUCCCCCACCUCCAUGUAAAAAGGCUCUAAUACACUCUUUGCCUUUCUUUACUCUCUUUAUUUCGUCUGCCUUUCUGUCGUACUCGAACCAAGCAAUUUUCCGUUUUUUAUCAAGGACCUAAAUUUUACAACACCUUAAACACCAACAUCAUCAACGCUUCCUCACCUUUCUCCUUUAAAAGAGCACUUAAGGCAUUUAUUUGUAAUAAUUAUUAGUUUACUUCAACAAAAAUCUUGGGAAAAAGCCUUUUAAUAUUCAACAUUUGUACAUGUAAACUUCCGUAAUAUUGAUUAGUUUAAUUUUUCACCUGAUAUUAUAUUGUACCCGUCGCCGUAAUUUUUAUGCCAUCUUCGAAAAAUUGUAAUUGAGGAGGCCUAAUUAACAUAAGCUCUAUAGUUUCUUUUAGGCCUCCUCGCCAUCUCUUCCUACAUUUUUUUUCCUUUUGGCAUCUUUAAGUAAUUAUUGUAAUUGUGUUGCAAAUAAAUAAAAUACCUAAAUACCUAAUACCUAUUUGACUCGCUGUAUAAGACGGAUAUUACUUUUAGAUGAACACUUUGUCGAGGAGUCGACACGAUAAAACACAGAACCAUUAACUCAGCUGUUCUCAAAGCGAAUGACUCAUUGUCACGUACUCAUUCAAAUGUCAGUCAAUCAAAUUGCGCCUAAAACCGGAAGCGGAGGCACACACUUAGGUGUCUGUCUUAUAGGGAGUUGAGACCGUAAUUUUUUCUUGUUUCAUUUUCAUCAAAUAUCGAUCAAACUCGGUCUUUGUACCCAAUUCAUACCUACAAUCAUCUUGACAACUGUCUCUUGAAUGAAUAAAUUAUAAAGUAAAGCUGACUUGCUGUUUAUUAUUUUUAAAACCCUUUAUUUCCUUCACAUUUGCAGAUCCUGAUGACACGGAAUUUGAAAAUGGCUUUGGAAUGUGGUACAAUAGUAACAACGACAAAUUGAACUGGCAAAGACACCAAGGCUUCACAAAGACUGUGGAUACUGGGCCAAACGCUGAUCAUACUUUGGGUAAAUUUGUACUCUCGACUAUAAUUUGUGAAAAUAUUCUCAGUUGAUUCUUGCCUUGUUUUACCUAUGAGAUAUGCGCAUGUCCGUGACUUUAAACACGCCCAGUGUGUUUUGAGGGUGAAUCCCAGACCGUUAAGCAUCCAAAUAAUACGAAGGAUCACAUUUUGUAAUUGUUUCAUGAUUGACUAGGGUGCUAGGAAUCUCAAAUUAGGACUUCAUCUAUGAAAAAAUAUAUGUAGAGGUAUACUUAUUCUGGCGAAAUUAUAUUCAUGAGGACACUUAAAUUUGUAAUGGCCAUCAAAAACAUUUAUUUAAACAUUGGAAGUUUCUGGAAAUAAUAAUUUAAACUAAAUUUGAUUUUAUUUUAAGGAUAAUGACGCAGAAGGUAUCUUUCGUAUUGGGCGGAGUACCAGGCGUCUAAAACGGUAUCCACGUGAGAUAACUAAGUAUCGUUAUCAUCAAAUAUAUUUUCUCUGUUGCCUUUUGAAGGGAAUAGUACUGGUUACUAUAUGUAUGUCGAAUCGUCGAGUCCUGCACAAGCGGGCGACAACGCCCUGCUUGAGAGUCCAUGGCUGAAUCCAAUGAUUGGGGGACAGUGUCUUCAGUUUCAUUACAACAUGUACGGAAAAACUACGGGUAAACUCAUGGUUCACUUCACAGAAAAUGGUGGAGCGAAAUAUCUCCUGUUUUACAAAGAAGGAAACCAGGGCAUGGGCUGGAAGAAAUUUUCCAAAAGUAUUAACACCGCUCUUCAGUACAGGGUAUGUUAUGCUCCGUCUUUCAUCUGAUCAGGGGCAAGUGCGAUUAGGACCCAAAAAACGGGAAGAUUUACUUGUUGAAUCCGGAAGUCUUGCCUUGUAGCUCAAUUGAAUUCGGAAUCGUACUUAAACGCUUGGAAUCCAGAAUCCAAGUUCCACUGACAAAGACUAGAAUCUAGUGCCUGGAUUCCAGAAUCAGCGGUGUGGUGUCCAAAAUUUUAAAGGACUGUAUUGGAAUCCCUUGCAUGGGCCGAAACUGGAAUCAUAGGGUAGAACGGCUAAGACGUUCACCUGUCAAAAAACCUCUUUGUUUAAUUGCCAUCAACGGCUAAAUAGUACACUGGUUAUUAGAGGGGCUCUUUCAGCUAUAUGACGUAGAUAAUCUUCAGUUUAAAAAGUCAAGAAUACAAUGGAUGCGAAAAAUGUCGAACCUCUUUUCUUUCAGAUUUGCUCGCAAAAUUUGCUUGAACUAAAAAGAAUGCAUCCAUUUUUUGCAGCUCACAUUUGAAGCCUCCAUUGCGAGUAACGGUUACUCCGACAUCGCUAUUGACGAUGUCUAUAUAGAUCCUGGACUUUGCAGUAAGCAUAUCAUGCAUGUUUAUUUAUAAGAUGCAGAUGUACAUAAUAGCCUUUAAAAUGAAGCCCUUAUCUUUCAGUAGUCUUAAGAAAAACAAGAAAAUCAGAACGAAAAAUCGGAAGGUUUGACAAAACGGAAGAAGAAUAUGCAUGUAAAUUAUUGCAUCAUUUGUUUGACCGGCAGAUGGCUGGGUUUUUUGGUUUGAAUUAUAGGGUAGCUUAAGAAACGAAGGGGUUCGAAGAAAAGACGUAUUUUCGAGGUAUUUUUAGAUGACUGCUUUGCUGGUCAAUUUUUUCCCAUUACUCUUUAGUUAUCUAACGUAUCUUUUUCAACUAUGAUUCUUUAAAAACAAACAAACAAACAACAAAAAGUGACUGGAUGCUGUGCUGGCACUGGGCAAUCGUUGACAGACAUAAUUGCAGCCAAAUUUUUAGCUAUGAAAAUUAAGCCUUCCUGAGUAUAGGACCAGAAUUACAAUGAAUGAUCUGUGGCUCGUAAAAUUUAUUUGUUUAAUUUUUAAUUUACUACUUCAAGUUGGUAAUCAAAUUUUGUCAAAAUAAAGCAAAUUGAUGCCUGGUUCAUUUAAUUUGUUUUUCCACAACUCUAUUGUCUGAGAGACAUUUUCUGCUUAAAUAUUUAUUUUUAUUAAUUCAAUGAAGUCAAUUUCAGAUCGAUAAGUAAUAAAGGGUAUACAACAUCAUUUGUUGAUUAUCAUAAAUUUAUUUUAGUUUUCCCCUUCCCUCUAUUUUUUAUUCUCUUCCUUUUCGUCGUCAUCGUCAUCAUCCCUUACUCGUUUUAAAGCCGUAAAAGACUAUUAAACCUGGUGGUAAAGUAUACAAACAUUUCCGUAUUUUUACUUUUGUGUGAAAAAAUAGGUUGCAAAGACGAUGAUUCGAGAUGUACAAAAUGGCAGCAGAGCGGAGAUUGUGAUAAAAACUCAGAGUUCAUGUUAGCUAGCUGCAAACUAAGUUGCAAAGUUUGCGGUAAGUGAAUUACCAUGUUAAUUACAACAGUCUAAACACGGAAACCAGUAACCUGCUUGAACAUUUUGGAAUCUUUCUAUCACGUCAAAAGUUCUUAAAGAAUUUGUCCAUAAAGAUAAAUGGAAUUCUAAUAGUCCAGCUGAAAAGUUUCCGGAAAAAUGGUCCACCUCCAAAGCUCCCGUGGCGGUUUUCGUUAUCCGUUCCAAAUUACGAGUUAUGCCUUCAUGUAAAUACAUUUCUGUUUGUUUACUGAUUGAUUAGAAUGCAAGGACAUCCAUUCCUCUUGUCCCAUAUGGGCCCAGGAUGGAGAGUGCGACAAAAAUCCUGCUUAUAUGCUGGAGAAUUGCUGCCAGUCUUGUCGU